AUGGUUUCCUUCACUCUUGUUGCAGCAUACUUGUUGCCAUUUGUUGCUGUCUUAAGCUCAGUCAAUGCUGCGGACAGCUCCCAAGAGGAUUGGGAUAACUGUGAUGAGAUUCCAACCAUCAGCACGACUGCCAGCCCAACUGCAGACCCAACUACUAGUGCUUCACCUACAUCUACCGCUGUCGCAUUCUCUGGACCGGGUUACCUAGAGGGAUACUACGGCGGCGGAAUCCAGAAGGGUUGUCUCAUCACAGCUGGCACCUGGUAUGCUGGGGUAUGCGCCAAAAUCACAGCUAUCCCAGUCGAUAAUGGCUUCACUCUCUCGACUAGCAAAGGUCCAUGCGCCGUGACCAACUCAGUACUCAACUGCGCAGCGGGUACAACAGCCAGUGUUUUCAACCAAAUCGAUGGUCUUCUUGCAUAUGGCGGCAGCUCGGCGUGGUACGUCCCAGCCGUGCCAAACCCGGCACAGAUUGUGUCCCAGAUUCCCGGCCCCGUUGCUGUUACCUUCCAGUGGUUGGGACAAUAG